AUGCCACUGCCAAUGCCGCUGCCAUUCCCGCCGUCAGGCAUUUCUGACGGGGCUAGUGACGGAAACGAUGGAAUGGUUGCAACGGAGUUUGGACGAGAUGAGGAGGGGUCAGUGGAGGUCGCAAGACCCCUCCACAAUCAUCAAGAUGUUGCGCUAAUAACAGAUACCAGCAAACACUCCCUUCCCUUUGGAUCUCGCAGGCCUGGGCUCACAAUAAAUUGUCGUUGUGACGUGAAGUUGAAGGGGACACACCCACGGUGA